GGCAGGGGAGGGGGAGGAGCCGGCGGGGCAGCGCUGAGAGCUCAGAAUCAUGUUGAGCAGCGGAUGGAGAGGUGGGGGGAACCCUCGGCCCCGGGACUCCGCUCUCUGUAUCCACUACUCUCCCCGGGCUCUGGCCUUUAACUCCCGGGGGCCUCAGGUGCAGGAUCCAAAAACUAUAGAAUCCUCUUCCCUCUGAUCUGCUGAGACUCCUGAGACUGUCCAUGUCCGGCCCCCGGGCCUAUAGACUCAUCAGACAAUCACUGAAUGGAUUUAACCCCCGACUGUUCCUGCUGCUCCUUCUCAGACUCAAUCCCUGGGACUGACUGUGGCUCCAACAGAGACCGGAGAGUCCUCUGACUCCGACCCCUUCAUAUUCCCGACACUCCGACACCCACAGAAAUACUGACUCUGCUCCUCCACCUGAUACUGAUACCGACUCUGCUCAUUCACCGACCCCUUCACUCACACACUCUGUUCCUUUAUCCACAAUAAACAGAGAGAGAGAGACAGUCACAGCCCAGUGGGAUGAGAGUGUUGACCAAUGAGGAGAGAGAAUUGUUGCCCCUGUGAGAGACUCCAGUUGGCACCAAAGGAGAUUCUUCCCAAUGACCAUCUCUCCCCCCCUGAUCUGAACUGAGGCUCCAGACUUGGACCAAGUCCCAUCAUGGGGGACGGCUGGGGGUCCAUAGAGUGCAGGAACAAGUCUGACACCCCCCCAACAGUGCCCAGCCCUAUGCACCCCCUGCCCGAGCUCACUCACCAGUGGACUGUGGGAAUGACUAUGCUCAUGGCGGCCAUCAUCCUCCUCAUCGUCAUGGGCAACAUCAUGGUCAUUGUGGCCAUUGGGAGGAACCAGAGGCUCCAGACCUUGACCAACGUCUUCAUCACGUCCUUGGCUUGUGCCGACCUCAUUAUGGGUUUGUUUGUUGUGCCCCUUGGUGCCACGUUGGUGGUGAGUGGCAGGUGGCUGUACGGGUCGAUAUUCUGUGAGUUCUGGACGUCAGUGGACGUAUUGUGCGUCACGGCGAGUAUAGAGACCCUGUGCGUCAUCUCCAUCGACCGCUACAUCGCCAUCACCUCACCCUUCCGUUACCAGAGUCUCCUGACCAAGGGCCGUGCCAAGGGAAUCGUGUGCAGCGUGUGGGGCAUCUCAGCCCUGGUCUCGUUCCUGCCCAUCAUGAUGCACUGGUGGAGGGACACUGGCGACCCCCUGGCCAUGAAAUGUUACGAGGAUCCUGGGUGCUGUGAUUUUGUCACCAACAGAGCUUACGCCAUCGCCUCGUCCAUCAUCUCCUUCUAUUUCCCACUCAUCAUCAUGAUCUUCGUCUACAUCAGGGUCUUCAAGGAGGCGCAGAAGCAGAUGAAGAAGAUUGACAAGUGCGAGGGCAGGUUCUCCCAUAGCCACGUCCUGAGCCACGGCAGGUCCAGCCGGAGGAUCCUCUCCAAAAUCCUGGUGGCCAAAGAGCAGAAAGCCUUGAAGACCCUCGGGAUUAUCAUGGGCACCUUCACCCUGUGCUGGUUGCCCUUCUUCUUGGCCAACGUGGUCAAUGUCUUCUACAGGAACCUGAUCCCAGACAAACUCUUCCUCUUCCUCAACUGGUUGGGCUACGCCAACUCCGCGUUUAACCCCAUCAUCUACUGCAGGAGCCCAGACUUCAGGAAGGCUUUCAAGAGACUCCUGUGUUGCCCCAAAAAGGCAGAUCGGCACCUCCACACUACUGGGGAGCUCUCCCGAUACUCGGGGGGCUUUGUUAACUCUUUAGACACCAAUGCUUUGGGUAUGUGUUCUGAAUGUAAUGGGGUGCGGACGUCAUUGGACUGAAAUUAAUUAUUUAUUGUGGGUCGGAGGGAGAUUGAAUAAGUGGGUGCGGGGCCCCAAAUAACAGGUAGGUUCCAGGCAACCUCACUGCAGAUUCUUGGAAUGUAGAGGGUUCCCCAGGAUAGGAGUGAAUUCUGGGAUUUGUAGUUUGUAAUGGCUGCUGAGCUACAAUUGUGACAUCCAGAGGGGGGUAUUAACCCUUACAUUCCCAGAUCUGGCAGAUCUGGGGCCGUAUGUCCAGUUGGGAGUCAUUCAGACUUAGUUCCACUUCUUUUUAAUUCUCAGUGAAAGCAGUGUCUGUUUGUCUGUCCAGGUGUGUUUAUCAGCUGGCUUCUGUAACAUUGUUCAGAUGUCAGAACCAGCAGUGCAGAGAACAGAUAGAUCCAGUGAGAAUGAGGAAUGAAUGGAUAAUGGGAGGUUGUAUCAGGAGUCAGAACCAGCAGUGCAGAGAACCGAGAGACCCAGCGAGA